CUCGAGUGCUCCACCUAGAAGGCGUUGCUCCAGUUUCCAGCUUCUGCCCAACCUCGUAGCUCAGCACACCUACUCCGUACCUCCUACCACACCUCACUACCACACGACCAUACUACAACCAUCACAACACCAACACCACACCCUCUCCUCCCAUCCAUCCAUCGCCACCAGAUUGUCACGACUGGACGUACCAGCCUGGAUUCAAAGGUCAGUACUCUUAUCUCAUUGCUCUCCACCAUCGCCCAUUCUUGCGCGUUCGAGGUCCUACAGGCUACGGCACAGCGACAGCUACCUACAGCUCGCACGUCCGCGCGACAGGUGUGAGAUCCCCCAAGGCGAAGCUCCAGGGCUCCAGGGCUAAGCUCCCGGCGUACCUUGCCUCGGCAGACCUCCAAGACCCUCCCCGAAGCACUCUCCGACCACCAGCCAUCAACAAAUGUAAACAGACUUUCCGGCCCUCCCAUCCAGCCCUUCUCCUCCUCCACCUUCAUCCAGUCUGGCCCAGUCCUCUCAAAACACCUCCACACCCCGCAACACUCCAUUGCGUCUCCAUCUUCUCCCUCCGUACUGGCUAACUCUGACAUCGCGACACCAGGCAGAAUUACUACUGGUCACCCCACACAAUGUCGGUCAAAUUCGAGAAGGAUGUCAUCAAGUCGACGUCGGGCCCAGUCGUCGACGCCGCGCUGCCAAAAACCGUCGACUCGAUUAAGGAUACCCUCCUCGACAACAAACACGAUCUGGUACACAAUGUCGGCGCGGUCUUGACCGGUGGAAAGGCCAAUGAGGGUACAAGAGGUUACUUGGCGGUACGUGAUCAAUCCAACGAUCGGGAUGGCGGCAUCCAUCGUGCUGACGACCAGACACGCAGGUAUACCUGAGACAGCUUCAGACGAACCCGCUGCGGACAAAGAUGCUCACGUCGGGCGUACUUUCGGGUCUGCAGGAGAUUUUGGCCUCGUGGAUCGCAAAGGAUCGCAACAAGAAUGGUCACUACUUCACAGCUCGCGUUCCCAAGAUGGCCGCCUUUGGUGCCUUCAUCAGCGCGCCAUUGGGUCAUGUCUUGAUCAGUAUUCUCCAGAAGCUCUUCAAGGGCCGUACGAGUCUAAAGGCCAAGAUUCUUCAGAUUCUCGUCAGCAACUUGGUCGUAAGUGUUCCCAUCGUAUUGGAUCCAAACACAGCUAAACCCAUGUGUAAAGAUGGCACCCAUCCAAAACAGUGUCUACCUCAUGUCAAUGGCUAUCAUUGCCGGCGCUAAAACCAUCCACCAAGUUCAUGCGACAUGGAAAGCGGGAUUCAUGCCUGUGAUGAAGGUCAGCUGGAUUACAUCUCCACUGUGCCUGGCCUUUGCACAAAAAUUCCUACCCGAACACGCCUGGGUUCCAUUUUUCAACGUUAUCGGUUUCUUCAUUGGCACAUAUGUCAACGCGGUCACAAAGAAGAAGCGUCUCCAAGCUCUCCGAAAGAAGUAUAACGACGAUCAGAAUAGGUCGAGACCUGGCGACGACUACGCUGGUCAAGGUGGACCCAAGUACUAG